UACGCAAACCGGCCAUACUGCGGGCAUGCCAGUAAGCGGUAAGCUACAGAUUCGGCGUUCCCUCGUGCAAUAGGAACUGUGAGUUUCCGACUAAAGUUUCCGUGCGUCGCGAUGGAUUUUCGUGUGUGAUUAGUGACGAUUCGAAUUUUUACUUACCAUGUAUCCGAAAGGAAAAGGCUCAUCAGUUCCCUCUGAUGCCCAAGCCCGUGAAAAGUUAGCGUUAUAUGUUUAUGAAUACCUCCUACAUGUUGGAGCUCAAAAAGCUGCCCAAACAUUUCUAACAGAGAUCCGAUGGGAGAAAAAUAUCACAUUGGGCGAGCCGCCCGGAUUUCUCCAUUCAUGGUGGUGCGUGUUUUGGGAUUUAUACUGCGCAGCACCUGAACGAAGGGAUUCGUGUGAACACUCUAGUGAAGCUAAAGCUUUCCAUGAUUAUGGUUUUGUUAAUUCCGGUUACAAUGUUAAUGGAAUCGCACAUAAUGCUGGGCCCGCACCAAGUCCUCUCGGUCAAAUGCCUCCCAAUGAUGGCAUGGCGGGAGGCCCCAUUCCUCCUGGUUUCUUUCCUAACUCAACUAUGAGGCCAUCUCCUCCCACACAUCCGUCAUCACAGCCGUCCCCUCACCCUCAGCCCCCACCUCCUCAUAGCCAAAUGAUGGCCAGUCAGCCGUUUAUGGGUCCUAGGUAUCCAGGUCCAAGGCCAGGAGUUCGGAUGCCUCAACUUGGAAAUGAUUUCAAUGGACCUCCUGGUCAACCAAUGAUACCAAGUGGAAUGGAUCCUUCUAGACAAGGUGAAGGCGGUGAUUAUGUAAAUUGGCAAGGUCCUCCGGGUAUGAAUUCUAUGACUCCAAGAAUGAACCCUCCAAGGGGUUCUGGGAUGGGCCCCAUGGGUCCCGGGUCGUAUGGUCCUGGAAUGAGAGGCCCCCCUCCUAACAGUAGUUUAGGUCCUGGGCCCGGUGGAGGUCCAGGAAUGCCACCUAUGCCCAUGGCAGGCGGAAGGCCACAGUGGCAACCAAACACAUCAACGCCGAUGAACUACUCUUCCUCGUCACCUGGAAACUAUGGCGUUUUUCAGGGACCACCUGGACCCGCAGGGCCCCUACCACCUGGUAGUUCUAUCGUUCCCAGUCCUCAAGGUUCUGUGGGACCCUACUCUCCCGCAAGCCACAGAAUGCCCACCCCUAGUCCUGUCACAAGACAAGACUCAUCGAAUUCAGGAGGCGAAAGUAUGUACACUAUGAUGAAACCAGUUCCUGGAGGUAACAUGCCUGGCGAUUUCCCGAUGGGCGGAGGUCCUGAUGGUGGACCCCUAGGUCCAAUGGGACCAAACACCAUGGGUCCUGUUAUGAAUGGUGAUGGUUUAGAUGGAAUGAAGAACUCUCCUGCCAAUGGUGGACCUGGCACGCCGAGAGAGGACAGUGGAAGUGGCAUGGGAGACUAUAACUUAGGUGGAUUUGGCGGGGGAGAAAAUGACCAAACGGAGUCAGCGGCCAUUUUGAAAAUAAAAGAAAGUAUGCAGGAAGAAGCAAGGAAAUUCGAAAAAGACACGGACCAUCCAGAAUACUUCAUGCCUCACUGAAUUUCCUAUUAGAUCAUGUGAAGUUUCCACAUUGUCAAUCCUGUAAAAUCUUACUUUAGUUUGUGCAGUAUUAAAAUCGGUCGGAAAGGCUCGGCCGGUAGAUUAAUUGUAAAUUGUCUUUAUUUUGUUCCAAUCAACACUUUUUCCUCCUCUUUUAAGGAUGAAUGUUCAAAUUUAUUUAUUUUUACCUGUCCCUGUAUAUACUCCGUUCAAUCAGCUCUAUUUGUAUAUUUCUUGAUUUUUAUGUAUUUUAUUUAUGUUUUAUCAUCUUGCGAACCAAUUCAGUUUUUAUUUUUUAUCAUUUUAUAAUUUUUGACGAUAGGUUUUUAUGGAUUUUGUAUUGAUAUAUAAACACAAUUUGUGGAAUCUUUCAGUUAAACCGUCUCAAGGUUCUCUUGUUCUUCUGUUCCUUUAGUUUUUGUCUCGAAGACAAAGUCGAUUGUUUUCCUAAAUAAAUUCUCUAAUUCAGUUUUCCUGUGCCGCUCACCAAAGCUGAUGAAACAUCAUAAGUGAAUUUUCUAAUUUUUACCAUCAUGUAUCAGAGACUAUGACCAUGCUAUCACUAUAGAUAAUUAUUCGCAGAGUAAGAAGUGAUCAGUUCUUCACUCCGCUUUAUUUGAAGUCAAAAUCAUUGUUAAUUUUUGAUUCCGUGAUCAAUUUUACUCACAGUAGAGUGAGGUUCUGUGCUUGAGGGCGAAAUUACCUUUCAAUGUAACUUUGUACCAAAGGAACACUUGAGAAGCAAUGAUUGUUGUGACUUAUUGGAUUUUUAUGGCUCUAGAAACUUUUUUCUCAUCUCUCCCAGUCAGGUCCUGACUAGUUAAAUCUGUCUUUUUAGCUGUGUAGACCAUUUAGUUAUUAUUUUCUCAGUGUUAGAAGUUAGUGAAACUAUACCGAGAGAAGCCUCUUGUUGAAUGAACUGCAAUAACUCAUCCUUAGAGAUUUUUUGACCCUCCUAGCCUUAAGAAUCCCUAUAAGUUCCUACUGUGAAUGAACGAGGCUUUAAAAAUGAAGGUGAAGAAAAUAGAAAAUCUUUAUUUUCGUAUUUGAAAAAUAAGGCUAAGUACUUUGAUUCUUUAGGAAAGUGUGUUACGUCCAGUCAUAAAUAAUGGCUUUUCAUGAACGGCCCUUAACCUCUCUGUGACCCUAUGAUUUGAGAAGAAUUUUUUCCUAAGCUGUUGAGUUAACCUUCGUUUCUUCGUCAGUUUGACCUGCAAAAAUUCUACAUGAUCUGUAUUAUAUUUUUAUUUUUGCAAGGGAACUCAUAGUGCUUCCUUUUCCCUCAUGGUAUCUGUUCCCAUUUAUUUCUUAAGGUUCCCUCAUGAAAAUCACAUUGUAAAACUUGUUUGCGCAUUUUGAAGAGGUGCUUUUAUAGAAACCUCGUUGCACUUUAUUAUUUGACUUUGAGGUUUUUGCGAAGAUUAUUUUGUAAAUCUUCAACAAAUUUGUUUUUAUAGAAUCAAUUAUACCAAGGAUUACUGACUGGGAAGAAACAAAAAAUAAAUAUUGUCAAUACUUUACUCAGAAAAUUAAGCAGAGAAGUCAAUUUUGGUGGAAGCUUGCAUUUUGUUUUCGCUUUUUUUGAGGUUGUGAAAUUACAAGGUGUAAUUAUCCUCUUGAAAACCAUGACUUUUAAGUGUCAAAUCGUGCUAAAAAAUCAGGGCUUUAUUUUCCAUGUUGGCAUUUUCUGGUGCUACUACGUGAACAAAACUCCAGCCUUUUUUCCUCCACAAAAGAUGGCAUUUGGAAUGUGUAGAUUACGAGACUGAUCAACCAGAAUGUAGCUUUUAUUCUACCCUGAGAUAUUGUUACUGCAAACAUUAUUAUUGAUGGGAUGGUCACAGUCAGCCAAUACCAGAAAACGUCAGAGAAUUUUCAUGAGUCAGAGAAAACCUGGAAAUGUCAUGGAAAAUGACGCAACUGUCAGGAGAAAAUUGUCACGGUACCUCUAUUUGCUUUCUAGAAUGAGUUUAACGUUUCGAACAAGAAAAUUUGCCUCAGAAUUGUUUCAAAUCAUGUCUUUUUAGCCAUCUGGCAUAUCUUCAAUUGUCAGGGAUUUUUACCAAAAUGUGUCAGGGAAAUCUGGGAAUUUCAUUGUCUGAAUUCUGCGGCAACUCUGACAUGAAAUAAAAUGAAAAAUAAAUAAUCAAAAAAUCUGGAAUUAAUUUUCAGCAGUAUUGCUUUUUAGGUAGCAGUACCGUUAACAAUUGAGGCAUUGGGUGUAGAGAGGGCACUUCUCAGCUGCGGUGCUCUAGAAUCUCCUCUGUUAAUUUAUGUUUGAGAGAAGCAACUAAGUAUUGGAUGAAUUCUCUAUACUUUCCGAUUAUAGCAUCAUAAAAAAAUCUGCACUAUAAGCUCCAAGACCUCCUAAAUAUAGAAUGUCCAAUCCAAGUUAAAAAAAAUUAUAUUUUGCUUUGAUCCUAGCGAUGAAAACACUAGCAGAAUUCUGAGACUACAACUGAAAACUGCCCUUUCUGCACGGUUGUUCCAAUUUUUCCAUCAUUUUGUCAAGAUGCGUAAUUGUCAAUGGCAUAUCGAUGAUGAAACUGCAGAAAUACAUAUCUCUAUUUACAAUCUUGUAGACUUCGUGUCAUACUAUAUUCCCUACACGGAAGACUACGAAACACAAAUUCUUGAAAACCUCGGGCGGCUUUUCCUCUAUAUGUGAAGAAUAUUCUGAAAAAAUUUCAAGUCACAAUGUUGAUUCCGUUUUCUUUUAAAAAAUGAAAUGGAAGCGGUGACUUUGAAACACAGAACAAGAGAUAUGAAUUUUUACCUUUUCAUCGUUUAUAUGUCUCUUACCUAAUGAGUGUAAAGUAGCACACAUUGAUCAUGUUUGUCAGUCAAUAUUAAAAUUUAUUUGCAUUGAUGUUCAGAUUUUCAAAUUUUUCAUUCUCUGUGGCGCAAACCACCAUUUAAUAAGGUAAAUUCCAUAAAAUGAUUAUAAAAGAACACAUUUUUUAUGCCAUGGAUUUAUUAAAUCUGUAGUUUUGACUAAAUGACUCCAAAGUAUUUCUUGUUCACGUACACUUCACAACAAUUUUCCUGUCAUUCCCUUUUCACGUUUUUCUGUGAGAAAUGAAAGUUUUGUCUGUCUGCCAUCAUUGCAAGCGCAAAAUUUGCCAGAUAGAUUUUAUUAAAUGAUUUUCUGUCGCUGAAUGCAAACUGGAAAGGAAUCAUCCUUUUCAAUUUUGCAUUGUAACGAAGCAUCACUAGCUGCAUUUACACAUUACAAGACCAUGUAUCUUCGAACCCCAACAUAGGCAGAAUCAUUUUGCGCAAAUGCAUCUGAUUUUUUUUUCUGGCAAAUCAUUGUUCAAAUCAGUUUUUUAAUCCUCAUUAUUUUGAGUAAUUAAUUAAUUAAGCUUGGUUUAUUGAUUGGGGCACUAUCACUUGUAUAUCAGUUUUGUAGGCCCCACCUUUCUAUUUCCGUCUCUAGACUCUAAUUUUAAUUGGUAUCCUCUUGUUGAAUGUACCCUAAGUAUUUUGCUCGUCUUUUUUACCACCCUCUUCUCCCCUCUCUGGAAUACAUUUAAGAGCUCAAAAGAGGCUGGCUGAAUUUUUUUUCUGUGCCUCUCAUCAUUUUACGCAGUAAAAGUAAGCACAGGAAUUUCGAUAGGAGAAACAAGACUCCGAAGUUCUGAAAUUAUUGCAAAGUAUCAUUUGAAAAUAAAACUUUUAUUCUUUAGUUCAUAAUUCUAGCUCAUAAUUCUGUCCCUUGUUUCAUAAUAAUAUUUUAAACACGCUUUUCAAUGCGAUGAGGAUACAAGAAUAGAAGCUCACUCAGCCGGCCAUUAAACUUGUCUCUUAUCGUAACACAGUUUCCUUCAUUUGUCUCUCCUUUUUCUUUAACUAUGCAAGGCUGUCUCUGUACAUACUGGGAAAACUUCAGAAUGGUGGUGAAUGAAUCUUUAAUUUUAAAAAGCAAAAGUAGAGAUACUUAAUCGAAAUCGUGGCAGAUUGUUUUUAGUUGUAUUUUGUACAAGUUUGUAAAUAUUUCAUAGAUUUAUCUAGUUAUAAUUACGAAUAGACAAAUGAAGCGAAUCCUCAGUCCCGGAAGAUUACCAUGUCAGGAAAUAAAGAGUAUUGACUAGCCAGUUCAGAUGUAUGUUAUUUCUCAUUCGCAAUGCGAGUAACAUAUUUCAAAAAUUGAGAAUAUGUGAUAUUUAAAUAAAUUGAAAAUAUUGUGACCUUUGAAUAAAUGUAAUUAAAAAUAUUUUUAAUCUCACUCCUAUAGUGUACUUCUUUGUUGUCCUCAACUCGCCAAAUUUUUUCGCUGUGAAGAAAUUCGAUGCUAUUGCUGGCUGCAGUCAUGAAGCUGAUCAAGGUUAUCAUGAUCACAUCCUCUUAAGUUAGGAGUCAAUUUUAUAUUUUAAUGAAUGAGUGAGACGAUUAGAAACUGAAAUAUGACUGUUUGUUGGAACAGGGGCCUCAAUGCAUGGAGGAAUCAUUUUCUAGCUUGAUGGAAAAACCAGAAUUCGAUUGAUUCAGAGAAAACUCACGGUAGGAUCUCAGAGAGUAAGUUGCGAGUGGUCUUAUUUGUUUUCGUGCCAAUAGCAAACCUAAAGUUGCAUUUUUUUAAAAAAAUUGGGAGUUUUCAUCAAAAUUCUUUCUCUCAAUACUGCAGUUUCUAAACUGUUUCAACCUCUCAAAGCUCUAGUUUUAUUUGACUUUCAAGCCUUUUUCGUUCGGAAGUUUGUGUUUAACACUUCUGUGUUAACACAACAAGCUGUGGAACCAAUUUUUUUAAUUUAAAGUUUUUCAGCAAUGAGGUUCCUCUUCCUGUAGACGCUUACGAAUGUGAAUUAAUUACAGUAAUGCUCCGGUUAUUCAAUGCUUCGGCCAUCUCACAUAGUUUUAAAUGAGGUUUUGGUCGAAAACAAGCCAGCUCUCAAGUCGAAAACCGGUUUUUUUGAGCAAGAAUUUAAUGUAUAUGUGGUUUUUUUUGUAAUUUUUCUCAAAUUAAAUGAGAAUGUUUCAUCAUUAGGAUAGAAAAUUGGCCAGUCUUGUGUUUUUUGGUCUUAAAGAGAGCCUGAGAUGGCAUUGUUACAGUCUUUUUUUGGUUUGGAUCAUCUGACUUUUUUGAUAUCCGUUGUGACCCUGGCCACAAAUCAUUGUAUAAUCGGAGCAUCACUGUAUUUGAAUUUUGUGUUCCUGUUGUCACAAAUUAGUUUGUAGAGUUAAAAUGCAGUUUUCGGUGCAAAUUUUAAAGUAUUCAAAAGAGUGACGGAGUUAUAUUUUUGUUGAUUUCUCAGUCUUUGAACCUAGCAAAACACUGAGGUGAGAUCACUAGUUGUCGGCUCCUGAAACGUUUGUUAUUGUAAUUUGUUGGUUUUCUGGAACAGACAACUUCUGCUCUCUCUCGUUUGCCUGUACUCCUAUUCGUGUAUGAUCACCAACUUUGACUUUAGAAAUAGUGUAAAUAACUAGGUUCCAAUGGAAAAUUGAUAUAACUUUUUUUGUAAAUAGAUUCUUUAAUUUUAAAAGUUACAACCGGGGAUUUUCCAAGAAAAAAGAAAGCCUGGUACUUGUAGUAUGGACAGUCUGUCACCUUGAGGAAAAAAAAACACCUUAAAAAUUACGCAGAAAGUCAUCGGUAACUGUCAAUAUUGUAGACUCAAACUGAUGUGCUCUGUCCGUUUUAUUUCAUGGCUUAUUGUGAUAAGGACUUCAAAAGUCUCCACAGUUAUGGCAAGUACAUCAGGUUUUGCCAUUUCCCUGUCGAAAGAACGUAACUCCUUUUUGAGGUUGCCAGUUUGCAUCUUUACUUUAAAACUAUUGAACACUUUUAACUGAAAAUGACACAAAUUUUUCAUGGAUUUCAUGGAAAUCAGCAGAUUUUUGAGCAGCAACCGUUUUGUCAUUUUCCGUGAGAAAAAGAAACUUGUAUGCAGAUAUUGCAACCUUGGAAUGGAGAUACGUUCCUCCAUGUGAGAAAUGGCAGUUGGUGAGAAUUUAUCGCUGUAUUUUUGAAUCUGUGGUUCCUGGAGAAAUUUUGCCUCUGAGAGUACAGUACGGUUUAAAUGAGGUCAGAAACAUUCUGUAAUCAAGAUGGCGAAUAUUGGAAACCACGUAACUCGCCUGGCAAUGCUACUGAAUUUCCGUCAUACUCACUCCUCCAAUCUGGAUUCUAAUGGACUUAAUGCUGAAAAUUUCCGUGCAUUUUCUUCUCCAUUCAAUAAAUAUCUGAGAAUAAGUCCCCCGAAAAAUGAAAAAAGUAGAGGCAGAAAUCUGUUAAUCAAGGUUUGUAGUUUCCAAAAGUAGCCGUCAGUACCUGUCGUCGGUUCAGCUACUGUCCAUUCUAAAAUUUUCUGAGAAUGGUGAAAAUCCGUGUUAGUUGUGGCCACUAAUUUUUUGAGGUUCUUUUUUCAACCUGGAAUCUGAACUGAAUUGAGUCGGAAGGAACCGAGUAACGUUUUGGAAGAAAAUGAAUCAGGUGCAGUUUUGAGUUUAGCUAGUUUAAAAUAGGUAUAAAGUUGAAAGAAAUUAUUUUGAAUGCCAAAAUGUGACGGGAUUUGUAAAAAGAGACCUUAUCUUUGGGAAGAGAAUUUUCCUCAACUUUUUGUAAAUGCAUGAAGGAUGAAAAUCCAGAAAUUUUAGCGCAAGUUGAACCCUAAAAUCUCAAAAAUGAAGGAGCUAGUAGUUCUGAAGUUUCAAGACAAAAAUUCGUAGGUCUUAGAAGAGAGUAGCUCAAGAGUUUGCAAAAGUGAAGGAAAAUUUUCUUUUGGAAGAUAAGGUCCCUUCUAGAUCUGGUCACAAACAAGCAUUGAACCUGAGUCUCAAAGAAGAAUAAAUAACUUGUGGAACCUCUUUUUCUGCGCGCAAUCUUGCUGUGGCCUGGUUUCUAUCUGUCAAAAUCGGCUUAUUCAAUGUCAGACCUGAUGAUUGCACUCAAAAUGCAAAACAUCCAAGAACUCAAGUUGUUCUUCAAUUAAAGUAUGAAUGUAACUUUGAAAACUGCAGUUCCUCGCAAUGAGGAAUUAUAACUGUAUAUUUCAGAAGCCUUAAGCCAUUAAAACAAUUGGACUGUGGUCUGUGUAGAAAUCUCGAUCGUUGUUCUUUGUCCCUUCUCACUCUUGGAUCAGCUUUCGGAGCAAGAAUUUCUCAGAGGCAAAAUCAUCCGAGGAACAGGUUUCAAUUCACUGAUUCGUUUUGUUAUCUAGAAUAUCCUCUGACAUUACUUUAAACUCAGUCGCUCAAUCUGUUCUUUAUAGUUGUGAAUAUUUCCUGGCAAAUGAGUGAAAUGUUCGCCUGAUUACUUUUCAAUGUGCGAAUAUAGAGCUAGGUUAUUACUUGGGGCCAAAUUUUAUCAUAAUCAAAUACUUUUUUAUUGUACUUUCAAAAUCUUAACGAGCUGUUUCAGAUUGGUUUUAAUAAUUCAUCUCAUCUCUUUGCCAUUUUCUUUUUUUCUUGAGUCAGCGUUAAUUCUUCAUUUCAAAUUUCUGAGCUUUAAAUUCUGUUCUCACAAAUUCACGUUCCAAAAAUGUGGGUCUUUUACAUUCUCUGAUGUAAUCUCUCCAAGAACAAACAUCCUCAAUGAAAUAUGUUAUUCCUUUUUUUCGUUAGCUUCAAUCACUGGAGAGAUUAGUUCCUGCGCCUCAUUAAAUAACCGCUGAAUCUUUCUAUAAUUCAGUCUAUGAAUUGAGUAAUUUUCAAGGAAAUCAGCACACAGCUAGAUUUUUGGUGCAACUAUUCGCCUUUAUGACUUUCGCAUUGCAGCAAUGAAUUUUUAACUUGAAUGAAGGCACAUGCGUUUGCUAGAAACUAUUAGUUGUAUGAAUGAACAAUGUGACUGCAGGGUGCGAAUGCAAUGCUGAAACAAUCUGUUUUCCCUUUCACAGCCUUUCAUUUAUGAUUUCCCUGAAAUCUAGUACUAUGAAGUUCUCUUUGUAAGUAAUAGUUAUAAUUCAGUACUAAGUACACGCACUCUCAGGACUUAAUGAGUCCCUGAUUACUUGUCCUACAUUUAAAAGAAUCUUUAGCGAUUGGAAAUGUUCAUUUAGUGAAAAUUUGUUCUUUUUCUUUGCAGGCUAUGUUUGCAGUUUUCAUUAUUCAGUUUAAAAGUAUUGUCAGACUUGUAAAUGUUUUGUAUUUCUAUGAAAAAUUAAAACAUCAUUUUGUUUAUUA